UUAAAAUACUUCAAUUUAUUUUUAUUUUGUCUCGUAGACAUCCUGGCGUGAUAUAUAAAUUUGUCUUGCCAACUGAGGCCAAAUAUGCUUAUGUAUUAUGCCUAUAUAUAAUGCUCUCACGCUGAAACUUGAACUCUAAUUCAUCAACUUCAUAGUUGAAACCUUCUUGAUAGUGUUGCUUGAUCAUACAGCAUCAGCAUGGCUGCAAUUUCAGUUCCACCAGUUGAGGUGUUACUGUCAAAAAGAGUUCAAGAAAUGGUCCUUCAUGGGGAGGAGCCACUAGGACCCUACAUUUGCAGAAGAGGUGAAGAUGUUGAUGAAAAAGAAGACAUCAAAGAUACUUCUCCAAUUCCUAUAAUUGAUCUAAACCGCCUGUCUUCUUCAACAACAUCAGAUAAAGAGCGCGAAGAAGAACUGGAGAAACUUCGAUCAGCUCUGUCUACCUGGGGUUGCUUUCAGGGAAUAGGACAUGGGAUUUCAGCUUCCUUGCUGGACAAGAUCCAACAAGUUUCAAGGGAAUUCUUCAAACAGCCCAUGGAAGAGAAGAACAAGUAUGCUAAAUCAGUUGUUGAGUUUGAAGGUUAUGGAGCUGAUCCUGUUCCGGAACAAGGUCAGUCACUUGAUUGGUCUGAUCGUCUCUUCCUCCAAGUGUUCCCUGAAGAUCGAAGAAAGUAUAACUUCUGGCCGCAGUUGCCAAUAUCAUUCAGAGAGGUCUUAGAACAUUAUACCGAGAAAAUGAAAAUGGUCGCAGAAAUUACCUCCAAAGCUAUGGCAAGGUCAUUGAAGCUGGAAGAAAAUUGCUUCUUGGAACAGUUUGGGAAACAGGCACAACUGCACGCGAGGUUUAACUACUACUCACCGUGUCAGAGGCCUGAUCUGGUUCUUGGCUUAAAACCCCAUGCAGAUGGAUCAGGAUACACUAUUAUUCUGCAAGAUGAAGUAGGACUCCAGGUGCUUAAGGAUGGAAAAUGGUAUACAAUACCAAAAGACCCUACAGCUCUGCUUGUUCUCAUGGCUGAUCAAAUGGAGAUAAUGAGCAAUGGAAUAUUCAAGAGUCCAGUGCACAGGGUAUUGAGUAAUUCAGAGAGGGAUAGAAUUUCUAUCGCAAUGUUCUACACGCCUGAAGUAGGGAAAGAAAUCGGACCAGAAGAUAGCUUAGUUAAUGAAGACAGACCAAAGAUGUACAAGACAGUGAAAGAUUAUGCAGAUACUCACAUGGAGUUUUACCGGCGUGGUGAGAGAUCAAUACACACUGCCCAAAUUUAGAGCUAGAUAUGUUUUUCCUCUCUACUUUUUGUUGUUUUGACAUGGCCGUGCAGACUCCUUUGUAUGUCAUCUCUCAUCUGUUUGUUUUUGUGUUUCAACUUAUGGUGUCUUUGGCAUGGAUAUAUACUCUACAACUCCAGAUUUAGCUUUACAUUUUUGUCACCUCAUGCUCGAAAGAAAAUGUCACCAUUCUAAUAAAUGAAUCACCCAAUGAGUAUUUGGUUUGCAAA